GUCGCAAAGUGAAGUGUCGUGAAACUCGCCGCCCAGUGAAGAUGGCGGCCGAGCUGCAUCCGCGCAGCGGAAAGCUGAUAGGCCUGUCCAACUCCAACCGAACCGCUCAGCGCAACCAACCCGUUCAGGAAUUUAACCACGGGCUGGUUCUGAGCAGGGAGCCGCUGAAGGACCGGGAUGUCUUCACCGUCCGUAUCGACAAGAAGGUGAACUCGUGGAGCGGCUCCAUCGAGAUCGGCGUGACGGCGCUGGACCCGGCGGCGCUGGACUUCCCCAGCAGCGCCACGGGCCUGAAGGGCGGCUCCUGGAUCGUGUCGGGCUGCUCGGUGCUGCGGGACGGCCGCUCGGUGCUGGAGGAGUACGGCCGGGACCUGGACCAGCUGGCGGAGGGCGACCGCGUGGGCAUCCAGCGCAGCGCGCGCGGCGAGCUGCACCUCUGGGUCAACGGGCAGGACUGCGGCGCCGCCGCCAGCAGCCUGCCGCCCCGCCUCUGGGCCGUGGUGGACCUCUACGGCAAGUGCACCCAGGUGACGGUGGUGGGCUGCCAGCCCCCCGACGUGGAGGUGGAGGAGGAGGAGGUGGAGGACGUGGACGUGGAGGAGGUGGACGAUGAAGAAGAGGAGGAGGAGGAGGAGGAGGAGGACGAAGAGGAGGAGCUGCUUGUGCGCGGCUGCCGGCAGGACGGCGGAUUGACGGCGGCGAACGGGGUGGCGAGCGCGGCGCUGAACGGUGUUGAAGGGCCUGAGUUAGCCUGCAGCAGACCGGACAAGUUCCCCCACAACCUCGACACAGACACGGUCCUCACGGAGCACCAGCUGUUUGACGUGUUCAACAACGCCAUCGUGUCUCUCUACCGCUCGGAGGACGAGGGCGGGGGGGUCGACGGGGGAGGGGGAGGGGGGAGCAACGGGGGCGGAGUCGUGGGAGGGGCGCCCGGGCCAGACUCCGCCUCCUCCAGAAGCGACCGUGGCAGCAGUAUUGGCGGAGGGGGCGGAGCCAGUAGCAUCGAAGGGGGAGGGUCCACGGGCGGCGGGGGAGGAGCCGGCGGGAGCUCCAACAACAGCCCAGCCGGUAGCGGGGGCAGCACUCUGCCCGUGCCGGUGGCGGCGGCGGCGGCAGCGGCGGGCGCCAUGACGACCAACGACGCGCUGCUCUUCCACGAGAAGUGCGGCACGCUCAUCAAGCUGAGCAACAACAACAAGACGGCGGAGCGGCGGCGCCCGCUGGACGAGUUCAACAACGGCGUGGUCAUGACCAACCGCCCGCUGCGGCACAACGAGAUGUUCGAGAUCCGCAUCGACAAGCUGGUGGACAAGUGGUCCGGCUCCAUAGAGAUCGGAGUGACCACCCACAACCCCAACCACUUGAACUACCCCGCCACCAUGACCAACCUGCGCUCAGGUACAAUCAUGAUGAGUGGCUGCGGAAUUCUGACCAAUGGGAAAGGGACUCGCAGGGAAUACUGUGAAUUCAGCCUGGAUGAACUACAGGAGGGAGACCAUAUAGGGCUGAUGCGGAAGGCAAGCGGUGCCCUCCACUUCUAUAUCAACGGCAUCGACCAAGGCGUGGCGGCGGCGCAGACGCCCAGCGUGGUGUACGGCGUGGUCGACCUCUACGGCAUGGCGGUGAAGGUCACCAUCGUGCACAACCACAACCACAGCGACCGGCUGCGGCGCAACAACGCCAUCAUGCGGGCGCUGUCCCCGGACUCGGGCCGGCCGCGCCCCACCCUCUCCCUGACCCCCGACCCCGAGGGCCCGGACCGCCUGCUCUUCCACGCCAACUGCGGGCAGAAGGCGGCCAUCAUCAGCGACGGUCGGACCGCCCUGCGACCUCACGCCACGGACGACUUCAACCACGGCGUGGUGCUGAGCGCCCGGCCCCUGCGCUCCAACGAGGUGUUCCAGGUGCGCAUCGACAAGAUGGUGGACAAGUGGGCGGGCUCCAUCGAGAUCGGUGUGACCACGCACAACCCCGCCUACCUGCAGCUGCCCUCCACCAUGACCAACCUGCGCUUGGGGACGUGGAUGAUGACGGGGAACGGCGUGAUGCACAACGGCACCACCAUCCUGGACGAGUACGGCCACAACCUGGACCGCUUGAAAGCAGGCGACACGGUGGGCGUGGUCCGCAAGGAGGACGGCAGCCUGCACUUCUUCGUGAACGGCGUGGCCCAGGGGCCGGCGGCGUGGAACGUCCCGCCCAGCGUGUACGCCGUGGUGGACCUGUACGGGCAGGCGGCGCAGGCCACCAUCAUGGACGACAUGGCCGACCUCCCCCCCCUCCCCGAGGACAGCCUGGAGGGCCCCACCGCCAUGACCCCCGGGAGCCCGUGCUCGCUGGGGGGGGGCGCCAACCCCGCCAACGACCUGCGCUUCCACCACCUGCACGGCGGCAACGCCGUCAUCACCAACGGCGGACGCACCGCCCUGCGCCAGAACUGCCGCAGCGAGUUCAACGACGCCAUCGUCAUCUCCAACAGAUGCCUCCGGGACGGGGAGCUGUUUGAGAUCAUCAUCCAGAGGAUGGUGGACCGAUGGUCGGGCUCCAUCGAGGCAGGCGUGACGGCCAUCCGGCCAGAAGAGCUGGAGUUCCCCAACACCAUGACGGACAUCGACUACGACACGUGGAUGCUCAGCGGGACGGCCAUCAUGCAGGACGGCAACACCAUGCGCAACAACUACGGCUGCGACCUGGACUCCCUGACCACUGGCUCCCGCAUCGGCAUGAUGCGCUCGGCCGGCGGCGACCUGCACUACUACAUCAACGGCGUGGACCAGGGCGUGGCCUGCACCGGCCUGCCCCCCGGCAAGGAGGUGUUUGCCGUCAUCGACCUGUACGGCCAGUGCGUCCAGGUGUCCAUCACCAGCUCGUCGGGCCCGCUGGACAACAGCCUCUGCACCAGCAACAUCACGGAGAAGAGCUUCCCCGUCCAAUCCCCAGUGGCGGGCGUGGCCCACCGUCUCCACAACAAGCACGGUAAGAACGUGGUGUUGCUAGGCGACAGUUGCCAUGCGGUACGGGUCGGCGGUUACGCCCACGGAAUCGUGUUCAGCGCCAAGGAGCUCCGGACGGACGAGAUGUUUGAGGUGAAGGUGGACGAGGUGGACGAGCAGUGGGGGGGCUCCCUCCACGUGGGCCUGACCACGCUGGCGCCCCCCGAGCUGCCCUCCUGCCCGCUGGCCGGCCUCACCGCCUCGCUGCCCCAGCUGCGCUCGCGCGUCACCUGGCUGCUGGCGGGCGCCGAGGUGCGGCGCAACGGCCUGCUGCAGCGCCAGAACUACGGCUGCUCGCUGCACCGCCUACGGGUGGGUAACCGCGUGGGCGUGAAGCGAUGCAGCGACGACACCAUGCACGUCUUCAUCGACGGGGAGGACAUGGGGCCCGCGGCCACGGCUGUAGCCAAGAACGUGUACGCGGUGCUGGACCUGUACGGCCGCGUGACGGCGGUCUCCAUCGUCAGCUCCUCGCUGACGGAGGACCCCGAGGGGACCAAGGCGCCCUCGCUGACCUCCGAGAGCUACAGCGAGGAGGGGGAGGAGGAGCGCUGCACCCCGCUGCUGGAGGCGGAGAGCGAGACCUGCGCCGGUUCUCCUCCUCCCCUUCCCCCUCCUCCCCCUCCUCUUCCUCCCCUUCUGGCCCCGCCCACCGUCAUGUCCUUCCUGGAGAACCACGGCAAGAACAUCCAGCUGUCCAAUCAGAGCCAGACGGCGGCGCGCGUCGCCAGCUACAACCAGGGCCUGCUGGUCACCUCCCAGCCCCUCAGCCCCCAGCAGCUCUUCCAGUUCCAGAUCGACCGUCUGAACCCCAGCUGGACCUCCUCCCUGUCGCUAGGGGUGAUAGGCCACGCCCCCGACCGCCUCAAUUUCCCCUCGGCGGCGUGCUGCCUGAAGCGCUCCACCUGGCUGCUGCAGAGGGACUCCGUGUUCCACAACUCCCUCAAGAUCUGUGAGAACUACGGGCCCAACCUGGACACGUGUCCGGAGGGCACGGUGCUGGGGCUGCUGGUGGACGCGGCCGGGGGCCUGCACCUCUACGUCAACGGCAUGGACCAGGGCGUGGCCGCCCAGGACAUCCCCUCGCCCUGCUACCCCCUCAUAGACCUCUACGGCCAGUGUCAGCAGGUCACCAUAGUGACCAACAGCGUGCCAUCCGCCAGCGGGGAGGGCAGCGAGGCCCCUUGCCAGGGCGACAUGGAGAAAGCGGACAUGGUGGAUGGUAUCAAAGAGAGCGUUUGUUGGACCCCGCCUCCGGAGGUGAACCCCAACAAGACGUGCGAGUACCAGGCGCUGUGCGCGCGCUUCAAGGAACUCCUGACGCUGCCCGACGGCUACUUCAGCGAGGACACCAAGUCCAACCUGUGCUUCUGUGAGUCGUGCCACAAGCUGCGGGGCGACGAGGCCUACUACAAGAGGGGGGAGCCCCCCCGCGACUACGCCCUGCCCUUCGGCUGGUGCCGCUUCGCCCUCAGGAUCAAGGCCCACUGUGAGGUGUCCAAUGCGUUGAAGAAGUGGCACAUCGCCUACCACGGCACCACCGUGGGCGCCCUGAGACGCACCCUGGACCACAGCCAGCUGCUGCCUGGCACGUCGUCCGUGCUCUCGGUGUCUCCGGUGAAGACGGAGGAACCCCACGGCGGCUACUCGGAGCCCGAGGAGAACUGCCCCCCGGGCAAGGAGCUGCCCAGGGUGCAGCUGUCGCCCACCAUGCGCUACUCCGGACAGGAGACCUUCGCCCCCAAAGUGCAAUUCCGGGACCCCCGCUCCCACCGGUGCCACCAGGCCCAGGUGGGCUUCCAGGUGUGCGUGCGGCCCGGCUCCUACAAGGUGGGGCCCCAGGCGGUGGGGGCCAGCGAGCCCCUGGACCCCCGCUUCAGCAACACGGAGAUCGAGUGGACCUCCAAGGAGCAGGGGGGAACCCUACUGUACGGACUGCUGAUCCGGGUGGAGUGACGCCCCCCCACCACCGGGGG